AUGUUGACUUCAAUUAGUGAAUAUUUGCCGAAUUACCAACAAUCAUUAAAAACUUUACAAAAUGAUGAGUUUGAAAUUAUAAGAUAUGCUAGGAAGUCUCCUACCACAGACAGUUUGAAUACGAGAGUAAGACUACUUGAAUCAAUGAUCAACAAUUUGCGUUCUCGUUCUUUCGCUACACGGGUUUAUGUCUCUGCUUGUUCACGUUCAUCAACGCCUUUUUUAGAACGAGAUUUAAAAAGUGAUGAAAUUUAUAAGAAAUUAGAGCAUCCUUAGCGGACUUUCCAAAAUGAAAAGUUUUUUAUUUUAGAUAGGUCAAACAUUUUUUAGCGGACUUUCCAUCAGACUUUUUAAAAUGAAAAAAAAUAAAAAUUUCCUCCAAAACUAUCUAGAAUAAAAAGUUUUCGGUAGAC